CGAGUUUUCAUUUCGUGGCGGAAGCCGGAAGGGAGACUCCUUUCCCUUGGCGCCGGCGCGCCGCCGUGCCGCCACCACCCUUCGAACCAUAGCUGGGCGCCAUCAUCUUCCCGCAGAGCCGCUCACUCAUCAUGUGCUUGCGUGCGCGUAUUCUAUGAUCACGGGCGCUCAUCUACCUCCGCUCCGAGCAGCCCGGGCGAUCUCGGCCCGGCUCUGCCUGUCGCGGCGUCUCUGCUGCAACGGUUCCAGAAACGGCGGUGAGAGUCCUCCAGACACUGCACAGCGCAAUGGUGACGGUGUCCGUGAGGGAGCGGAGGAGGUGGCAGGCCUGAACGCUGGCCGCUUCCCACGUGAAGUAGUACUCCAGCUGCCACCACCGCGAGGCCAGCCGGAGAACGAUGACGAUGACGGCGAAACCUUUUCCCCUGGUCAAGAUUCCAGGAGGCGGUUCUUUGGGGAUGUGAGGCUGGAGGCGGACAGGAUCUUUAGGAUCCUGCUGCAGGACGGCCCGGGGUUCAGCACCCGCCACGCGCUCGAUGAAAUGCGCCCGAAGGUGUCUAUUGAGCUGGUGAGGGAGGUGCUGUUCAGGAUUGUUGUGUCCGUGGACAGUGUGAACCGUGAGAGGUACCCGAAGCUGGCGUAUAAGUUCUUCAUAUGGGCGGGGCAGCAGGAGGGGUACCAACAUAGCACAAGCAUGUACAACCUCGUCAUGAAGGUUUUCGCCGAGUGUGGGGAGGUGAAGGCGAUGUGGCGGCUGUUUGAGGAGAUGGCAGCCAAGGGGCUACCUGUCUCUUCCCGGACGUUCCACCUCUUGAUAUGUGCAUCUGUGAAGGUUGGGUUGAGGCGGAGACUGGUGGAGAGGUUCAUCAGGUCAAGUACUUUCAAUUACCGCCCAUUUAGAAAUGCAUUUAAUGCAAUAUUGUACACACUUCUGACCAUAGAGCAGUACUCACUGAUUGAGUGGGUUCACGAGAAAAUGAUCCUUGAGGGGUACUCACCUGAUGUCUUGACAUACAAUGUGGUGUUGCGUGCAAAGUAUAUGCUUGGGAAGUUGGAUCAAUUCCAUCAAUUACUUGAUGAGAUGGGAAAAAAUGGGCUUACGCCGGACCUCCAUACUUACAACCUGUUGCUUCAUGUACUUGGUAAGGGAGACAAACCCCUCGCAGCUCUCAAUUUGCUGAACUAUAUGAGUGAUGUCGGAUGUAGGCCAAAUGUGCUCCAUUUCACAAAUUUGAUAGAUGGUCUUGGCCGUGCUGGCAACCUAGAAGCCUGCAGGUAUUUCUUUGAUGAGAUGAUGAAGAAAGGGUGUGACCCAGAUGUUGUCUGCUAUACUGUUAUGAUCGCAAGCUAUGUGGCAGCUGGGGAAUUUGAGGAAGCCCAGAGGUUUUUUGAUGAUAUGCUGAUGAGAGGGCAGCUUCCUAAUGUGUACACAUACAAUUCAAUGAUACAGGGGCUUUGCGCAGUCGGGGAGUUUGAUAAAGCAUUCACUAUGCUGAAGGACAUGGAUUCACAUGGAUGCACACCAAACUUCUCUGUGUACAGUAGUCUAGUAAGGAGACUGCGGAACGCUGGGAAGGAUACUCAAGCUAAUAAUGUCAUUAAGUACAUGACAGAUAAGGGUCAUUAUCUUCAUCUGCUAUCAAGGUUUGGAGGGUUUAGAAGAUGCUGAGAAGCCUGAGAUGAGAGAUGCCCCCCUACUUAGGUGCAGAGGUUCAUUUCUUUUGGCUGUUUGCAUUUCUGACAGAUGGAUUAUGAGGGAGGAUACUAUGGAAGUGGUUACUCUAUAUUUUUUUAUGCUUGAUGUAGCACAUGUCCUGCAGGAUUCUUUGUUUGUUGAUGAAGUACAGAAAAAGAAGUGUUGUAUGCUGUUCUUGUUUGAGAUAGGGGACACUAGUCAUGAGUCAUCAAUAAAUCAUGUUUCCCUGUUCCUCUG